CUGUUCCUUUAAGGUCCAAGAGUGGGAGGGGAACCUGAGCUGAAAGCUCACCUUUCACCCCUGGCCGAUCUGCCUCCCUCUUUCCGCCACGAUCCUGUUCUGGCUUUGGUGCUUAAGACACUUUGCUCCUCCUCCCGAAGGAGGAUGGACAGGGCAGGAGAGGCACUCCGCUGGAGCCGUCCCCUUUGACGCAGGGCGCGUCGUUGAGGCGCUGAAGGAGUGAGUCAGGGCUCGCUUUGCCGGAGGGAGGCUGGGCAUGGCUCCGGAGGAGAGCGGAUGGUGCCCGAGAGGCCGGUGAGUCCGCCGGGGAGGAUGGGGUGCCCGGCGCCCCUGCCCGCCCUGCUCUUAGCCUGGGGUCUGCUGCUGGGGGGCACCCCACGGGCCCGCUGCCACGAAGCCCAGACCCCCGACUGGAGGAUGACGCUCAAGACCAUCCGGAACGGCGUCCACAAGAUCGACACUUACCUGAACGCCGCCUUGGACCUCCUGGGAGGAGAGGAUGGGCUUUGCCGGUACAAGUGCAGCGAUGGAUAUAAGCCCAUGCCCCGUUAUGGCUAUAAACCUCAACCACCAAAUGGAUGUGGGUCUCCCCUCUUUGGAGUUCAUACUGUUCUCACAAAAUGCUACGAAAUUGCUUCCCAGUUUGACAUAGGCAUUCCCUCCAUGACAAAAUGCUGCAAUCAACACGACAGGUGCUAUGAUACCUGUGGCAACAAAAAACAUGACUGUGACGAGGAAUUUCAAUACUGCCUUUCAAAGAUCUGUAGAGAUGUACAGAAGACACUAGGAAUUCCAGAGAGUGUACGAGCUUGUGAAUCAACGGUGCAACUAGUGUUUGAUGCUGUCAUACAUUUAGGAUGCAAACCAUACCUUGACAGCCAGAGAGCUGCAUGUAUGUGUCGGUAUGAAGACAAGAGAGAACUUUAAAGACAAUAAUGACUUUCUACAGUUUAUACCAAUGUAUUUGGAUUAUGAGAGCCAUUUUUGUUACAAUUCUGUUCAAAAUACGGUGGAUUUGAAGAUGGUCUACUACUGCAAAAGAUACUUUUUUAAAAAAAUGCUUUGAAUAGCACUUGCUCUUUCGAUCAACUUUGCAAUCACCUUUUUCAAACAUCUUUUAAAGGUGACCGUGAUGUAAAAGAUAACUAGAGAUAUGAAAAUGAAUAAGUGGUGCAUUAAAUCUAUGCCCAUAUCAUAGAGGUAAAAGUAGGUCAAACUUUGCUCAUACAAGCAAUUGACAUUUCUGCUGUGCCAAGUUGUAUGGUAGAAAUUCUUUGAAUAAUCUCUGUUAAAUGCUGUGAUAUUUGAUUACAAAUAAUUGCUAAUGUGUCUAGUGGGACCAUUUCCUGUGUAAGUUUGUAUGGGACUGCAGCCUUCUGUGGCAAUCCUAUACAGCAGUGGUUUCACUGCUAUACAGGCUUACCUGGGAGUAGACCCCAUUAAAUGAACCAAGUUUACUGGGAACAUACUGGGAACUAUCCUACUUGUUUCUCAACAGUCUUAUAGACUUGGCUUGAUAUAUAGGCCUAACCCUUAUGUCCCAAUUAAAGUAAGUCCAUAUAAUGAAUAGAAUUUGCAUAAGCAUUGACUUACUUAGCUCCCAUUGAUUUAAAAAGUGUAUAGUUGGAACUAGUAGUUAGUUUUAAGGCUCAGGAAUUACCUAAAUCAUAUUUUUCAUCCAUUUUUAUAGAAGUCUAUUUUCUUAAAUGCCUAUGAAAUUUAAAACAUAAAUUUGAAAUACAGCUGGCCUUCUACUUUCUGGGGGUUAGAAAACACUAUUUACUUGAGAGAACACCUCUCUGAAUCUCUACUAUCUCCAGUGCGGCUUUAUGGUUAACUUCUGCCAGUAGUUGAUCCAGAGAGUAACACUGUAGGACCUAGAAAUGCCUAGAUAAGUGUUCUCCCCAGAAAUCUCUAGGCCCAUGGAUUUUACUGUCAGAAAAAUUGUAGUCCAGGUAGUACUACAAUCUAAAUACCACUUAUUCAAACUCUGUAAAUAUGUAUUGAGUAGCACAACUGAGUUUACACUACUGCAGUAAUACUUUUACAUAGGCCUAUUUUUUCAUGUUGCCAUUCUAGGAUGAAUCAGGUCCUGUCUGGGAACUUAGUAAAACACAGUGGUUGUUAUUUUGAAAUUGCCAAAAACAAUGCAAUCCUUUUAAAAAAAUCAAAUGUAAGUUCGGUCAAAUGUGUUUACACAGUUAUCUUUUAUGAAAAAGUGCCUUAAUGUGUAUUACAUAUUUAGAAUCUAGUUGUCCUGACCAAAACAUUUGCUUAAUUCAUGUAAAAACACUUGACUAACCAUUUGUGUCUUUUCAAAUGAAAUUAUAACAAGAUGUUAAUUGCUUUGUUUAUUAGAGUUAUUAAUCAGAUGAAUAUUUUCUCAUGUGUUUAAUCAUUUAUGUCCCUGCUUUUUCUCAUCUGAACAGAAAAUUCUCUUAAUUUUACAUAUAUUUCUGCUGCUUAUCAGUGAAGUAAUUUAUACAAAGUUAUGUUCCUAAUUAUAACUCCUAAUUAAUUAAAGUAGUCUCGUGUUAAUAGAUACAAGUUACAACUAUUCUAGAUUGUAUUAAAACGUAUUUGUUGUUUAUUUUCUUUAGGUACUAGGUUUUACUGAACCUGUUUUUCCCAAAUACAUUCAAAACUGUGAUUUUUUUUUUCCUAAUGCUCAAUCCAGCCCUAUGUUGAGCAUCUGAACAUACUACUACUCAAGGCUAUUCAGUGAUAUUACUUGAAAAGUCAUCUAUGAUAGUUUUAUUAUGGGGCCUUUACGGAUGAAGCCUAAGGGAUUUUUUUUAAAAGUUAGUAUGUGUACUGUGUAAAAAAGAGCUGUAUCUGUUUGGGAUGAGGAUUAAAGAGCCAAACCUA